AGAUGUGCAAACUUGUGUGGUGGACUUCGCUUCCUACGCUUAUACAACAAAAGACAUCGAGUAUGGUUGGAAGGAGGAGAAACCGAUCCAGAUCAAGGAUGGCCUUCGCCAAUCGUUGCCUUCGUUUCUGCUCAGUAAUGUAAAAACUGGUAAUUGUACUUCUGUCACCACAACAGGCGCCUACUCAUGUCUUCGCACCAUAAUCGAGCUCAAAAGGGAGUUCAGCUACUACCUUUUACAGCUCUACAUUCCAUCUUUCAUGCUAGUAGCGGUGUCGUGGGUUUCAUUUUGGCUGGACAAAGAUUCUGUUCCUGCUCGAGUGACACUCGGAGUAACGACACUGCUCACGAUGACCACACAGGCGUCUGGUGUGAAUGCGAAUCUGCCACCAGUCAGCUACACAAAGGCAAUUGACAUAUGGAUAGGAGUAUGUCUGGCAUUUAUAUUCGGUGCGCUACUGGAGUUUGCGCUAGUGAAUUGGGCAGCUCGACAGGACUUCGUUGCGAGCAGUAGGGCUCGAUAUCGGCAAUCGCCGCUCUUUUUCAGGUGA